AUGAGCCUUGAUGAGCCUUGGUGCCUCCGUGUUCCCGUGUUCAGGAAGUUGCCGCAAGCCACUGGAGCAGGCCUCAAGCUGCUCGAAGUGGGUGCUGGGCUGGGCCUCCUGGGCCUCACCGCCCAGAAGCUACUUCCGGAAGCACAGGUGGUGAUGACGGACUAUGACCCUGCCGUGCUCGCAGCGAUUGAGACGAACAUCGCCGCGAAUUUCCGUGAAGAUGAGCGCAAACCGACCACAGGACGGUUGGACUUCCGCGACUUCACCUCAGCCGCCCUGGAAGCAUCAGGUGGCGAGCCGCCAGGAGGCACCUUGAAGGAACUUGUCGAGACAGGCCAGCUGGGCUCGUUUCAUCUGGUGCUGGGCAGCGACGUCGUGUACGACUCUUACCAUGGGCGGCAGCUGGCGCUGGUGAUCUCUGCCAUGCUCCUGCCGCAAAGAGACCACCAGGGCCCGGCCCCCUGUGCCGUGUUCCUUCUGCCAGACUCCCGGCCGCGCCUUGCAAGCUUCGUCCAAGCGCUGCCAAGUGCAGGCCUGAGCUGUCGAAUCGAAAGACUGGAGACCCAGUGCGCCUUCUUCCGACGAUUGCGCCGUUACCACCCCAGCCUGGGCGAG